UCAAUGAUUAUAAAUAGUGAAGAAGGAAUGGUUGAAAUAAUGAAUUUGUGGUGAACUAGUAAUAUGGGCAUCGUGGACACGAACAUGAAGAAUAUGAUGUGCUUUUUCCACGGGGCGGAGUAACAAAAGCAACCACCAAAAUUGACAACUGUGUCCAUAAAACUUGCAACUAAGGAGUGUGUGGAGCAGUUAUUAUUAUUAUUAUUAUUAUUAUAAUAUUCAAACCUUAAAGAAAUUAAUUAAAACUCCAUUCCAUCUUCUUCCUCCAACUUUUUCUCAUCACAACAAUUUAACUUUUCUUCCUUGAGUUUUAGAUAUGUUUGAUUUAUUGUUCGGUUGGUCCAAAGCAUCAAAAUGUAAGAAGUCUAUCAAAAAAGCUCUGUACAGGAUCAGGAUUCUCAAGAACAAGAGACUGGCAAUAGUAAAGCAACUACGAAAUGAUUUGGUUGAGCUAAUACAAGGUGGUCAUGAACAAGCUGCACUUAACCGGGUUGAACAGCUAAUGAAAGAUGAAAAAUUGGCAGCUGCAUAUGAAUUAUUAGACAACUUCUGUGAAUUUAUUCUAACACAGAUCUCCUAUAUCAGAAAGCACAGGGACUGUCCAAAUGACAUAAAAGAAGCAAUUUCUAGUCUUAUAUUUGCAUCUGCAAGAUGUGGGGAUAUUCCUGAGCUCUGUGUCAUCAGAAAGCUCUUUGGAAAACGUUAUGGUGAGAAAUUUGUGGAGCUAUUUGAUGGAAAUCUUGUAGACAAACAGUUAAAAGAGAAUCUGUCAGGGAAAUAUGUGCCUGAAGAUUUGAAGUACAGAAUGGUGGAUGAAAUAGCUAGGGAUAACUGCCUCCAACAACAACAGGUUUUAGCCAUACAAUACUACCCUGAUUGGCAAAAAAUGCAGCUUAAAGAACACAAAGAGUGUCAACUAGUGGAAAGUGAUGUCCAAAUAAAUGCCUCAAUUUCUGAGUCUAAAGUCCAUCCUUCAGAAAUUGAAGAGAUAGAAAGAGAUAACAUGUGUGUUCAUUCAUCUCUUUCCAAACCAUGUGACUCUUGCAAUCUUCCCAAAUCAUGCUUUGAUGAUUCUUCUGCUAUUGUUCAGCAAUUUCCUCAAUAUGUUUUGAGCUAUCCUAUACAAAAUAUAGUAGAGGUACAAUUUCCUACACUACUUUCUUCUGUAAGUUCUAGUUUGCAAAAUAAGGGGGAAAGAUUGGCAUUAACAUCUUCAGAAGAAAGAAUAAGUUUCCCUUAUUAUGUUAAUGAAAUUGUGGAAUGUCAAUUUUCUUUACCAAAAGAUGGUGCCUGCCAGGAUGAAAUACUAUUCAAGUUAAGAUCAUCAAGUCUUUUCAAGAGAGAAAAAAAUAUAUUUGGUUGCGAUAAAAGCGAUAUCGAUCGAGAUGAAUCGCCGAGUGAGUCGUGGAGCACGAGGAUCUCAAGAAGGAACAAAAGGGCACCAAGGAAAAGAUCAAAAAGAAGAUCAUCCUCCAUGGAAAAUCUAGGCAUUGUAGAUAUUGGAUACAUGAUUUAUUAUCAAAAGCCAUGCAGAAAGGAUCAGAGGCUUCCACUAGAGGUAACUCCACCAUCAAGUUAUUCCAACAAGAAACUAAUGCUACAAAGUUUCUCAAAAAAGGAAAGAAGUUUACAAUCAUGUGAUCAAAGUGAAAAUAGCACAAGGAGAAAAAAUUCCAACCGAAAAACUAUUAGCUGCAGUUUAGACCAGCCUUGUUAUUUUUUCCUCUAUGGUGAUGAUGAAAAAGACUAUUUGGAAAUUCAAUCAAUGAAGCCAAAGAGAGUGAUAGAAUUAGAAGCUACACAUGUUCAACAAGGAAAUAUGCUUAUGCAUGAUGAAUGUAGUCAUGAAUUGAACCAAGGAAUGGAACUAGUUACAAUCCCUCAUAAGCCAUAUAAGAAGAAUAUUUAUAGUGAUGUAGUUGAGUGUGAGGCUAAUAAUGGAAACAAUGAAACAAAAGAAGAUAUCAAUGCCUCUCCCAUAAAAAGAAUUGGAACAGAAGCUCCUUAUUCAAGGGCCAUGACAAUGCCACAAGAGAGACAUAGAAAAAGCAAAGACAAGAUGUUAAGGACAUAUUCAUGUCCUUCUCAACAUCCUAAUCAUAUUCAUCCUAAGUUGCCUGACUAUGAUGACAUAGCUGCUAAGUUCACUGCUCUCAAGAGAGACUACCUAGAAAACAAAGACUGCCUAAAUCGAAAGUAGAGGAGGCAUAGAUUAUAAACAGAAUUAAUUAGUUUUAGUACAGAGAUAUUAAAUUUUGAGUUACUAAUUAAAUAGAUUUCAUUGAUUGUUUCUAGAUACCACUAAAUAUUCUGUCAUUCAUCUAUAUAAGAUUACAUGAUUGAUUAACAAUUAAAAGGGGAAAUUUAGGAUUCUCCUUUUUUAAUGCGAACAAUUUAUUUUAGAGUACAAAAUAAAUAAUGUCAAUCCUCAGUGAAUAAAUCAAG